CGACGAUAUAAAAGCGAGAGUAAGUGCUCCAAAAAUUACACUCGACAACAACACUCAAUACAAACAUGUACUCCAAGGUCAUAGUCUUCCUGUGCGCGGCGAGCCUCGCCUCCGCUGGCCACCUCCUCCAGGCUGCUGCCCCUGUGGCAUACAGCUCAGCGCCCGCCGUCUCCUCCGUGUCGUUCUCCUCUCACACCUCUCACGCUCCCGUCGCGACCUACGCCGCCGCUCCCGUCGUUGCCAAGACCUACGCCGCCCCCGCCUACGCCACCUACGCCGCUGCUCCCGUCGUAGCUAAGAGCUACGCCGCUCCUGCCUACGCCACUUACGCUGCUGGUCCCGUCGUAGCUAAGAGCUACGCUCCAUCCGUGUCUUACCAGUCCAUCUCCACCCACUCUGCUCCAGUCGCGUACGCCAAGACCUACGCCGCCCCCGCUGUUACCACCUAUGCUGCCGCCCCCGUCGUCGCGAAGGCUGUCUCUCACCAGACCAUCUCCAGCCACUCUGCUCCAGUCGUCAACACCUAUGCCUCUGCCCCAGCCGUAUACUCUGCCCCAGUGUACGCUAAAUCAGUAGCACCUGCUGUGUCCUACUCCUCAAUCUCCCACGCCGCACCCGUGACCUACGCCGCCGCCGCUCCCGUUGUCACCAAGACCUACGCUGCCCCCGCCGUCACCACUUACGCUGCCGCUCCCGUCGUGACCAAGACUCUUGCCCCAGCAGUGUCUUACUCUUCCUACUCUUCCCACUCCGCACCUGUGGCCUACGCCGCCGCUCCCGUGGUAACUAAGACCUACGCCGCUCCCGCCGUCACCACCUACGCCGCCGCUCCCGUCGUAGCUAAGACCUACGCCGCCCCAGCAGUCGCCACUUACGCUGCUGCUCCCGUCCUGAAAUCCGCUGUAACCUACUCUGCUGCUCCCGCCGUCUCCCACGUCACUUACUCCGGAAUCGGAGCCAACUACGGUUGGUAAAUACCAAGUUGUUAAAUAUUUAUUGUUAGUCAAUAAUGAACUGUAAAUAAUGUUUGUAUGUUCGUAAAGAACGAAAAAUAAAAACAAAAUAAUA